UCCAGCCUCCGCCGCCUCAUCUUCCCGAGCGAGCCCUGCGGCCGCCGGAGCAGCUCCCGCGGCGGAGCCGGAGCCGGAUGGUCAGAGGAGCCCGGCAGCCCCAGCAGCCGCGGAGUCGCCUGGCCCCCAGAAUCACGGGCACGGUGGAGAAGCCGCCUCGAAAACGGAAAAGCAGGACUGAAUUUGCUCUCAAAGAAAUCAUGUCCUCUGGUGGUGCUGAAGACGACAUCCCCCAGGGCGAGAGGAAGACCGUGACAGACUUCUGCUACCUUCUGGAUAAAUCCAAGCAGCUCUUCAACGGCUUGAGGGACUUGCCCCAGUAUGGGCAGAAACAAUGGCAGUCGUAUUUUGGAAGGACCUUUGAUGUUUACACCAAACUCUGGAAGUUCCAGCAGCAGCAUCGACAAGUCUUAGAUAAUCGGUAUGGCUUGAAGCGGUGGCAAAUAGGGGAAAUCGCUUCCAAGAUCGGGCAGCUGUACUACCAUUAUUACUUACGCACUUCUGAGACCAGCUACCUGAAUGAAGCUUUCUCCUUCUACUCGGCCAUCAGACAGCGAUCUUACUAUUCUCAAGUCAACAAAGAAGACAGGCCCGAGCUGGUGGUAAAGAAGCUGCGAUACUACGCGAGGUUCAUCGUGGUCUGUCUGCUGCUCAACAAGAUGGACGUGGUGAAGGACCUGGUGAAGGAAUUGUCAGAUGAAAUUGAGGAUUAUACUCACCGCUUUAAUACCGAGGAUCAAGUGGAGUGGAACUUGGUGCUUCAGGAAGUGGCAGCUUUCAUUGAGGCAGACCCCGUGAUGGUCCUGAACGAUGACAAUACCAUAGUUAUCACCUCCAACCGCCUGACGGAAACAGGGGCCCCACUGCUGGAGCAAGGCAUGAUUGUGGGACAGUUAUCGCUGGCAGAUGCACUCAUUAUUGGUAAUUGUAAUAAUCAGGUGAAGUUCAGCGAACUGACCGUUGACAUGUUCCGGAUGUUACAAGCCUUGGAGAGGGAGCCCAUGAACUUAGCUUCCCAGAUGAAUAAGCCAGGAAUGCAGGAAUCGGGCGACAAGCCGACCCGACGAGAAAACCCGCACAAGUAUCUGCUCUACAAGCCGACCUUCAGCCAGCUGUACACGUUCUUAGCAGCGUCUUUUAAGGAGCUGCCUGCCAACAGUGUGCUUCUGAUUUACCUGUCUGCCACCGGUGUUUUCCCCACAGGUCGUUCUGAUAGUGAAGGCCCUUAUGACUUCGGAGGCGUGCUUACCAACAGUAACCGGGAUAUCAUCAAUGGAGAUGCCAUCCACAAACGGAAUCAACCCCACAAGGAGAUGCACUGCCUUCAUCCUGGAGACCUGUAUCCUUUCACCAGGAAGCCUCUCUUCAUCAUUGUGGAUUCAUCCAAUAGCGUGGCCUACAAGAAUUUCACAAACUUGUUUGGACAGCCGCUCGUCUGCUUGCUUUCUCCUACAGCAUACCCAAAGGCUUUGCAAGAUCAGUCUCAACGAGGUAGCCUCUUCACUCUCUUUUUGAACAAUCCUCUAAUGGCCUUCCUAUUUGUCUCUGGAUUGUCAAGCAUGCGUAGAGGCCUGUGGGAAAAGUGCCAAGAAUAUCUUCGAAAAAUCAACCGCGAUAUUGCGCAGCUACUGACCCAUUCACGCUCAAUAGAUCAGGCCUUUCUCCAGUUUUUUGGAGAUGAAUUUCUUCGCUUGCUUCUCACAAGAUUUAUCUUUUGUUCAGCCACCAUGAGGAUGCACAAGAUAUUUCGGGAAACACGAAAUUAUCCAGAAUCAUACCCACAGCUGCCGAGAGAUGAGACGGUGGAGAAUCCGCACCUGCAGAAGCACAUUUUGGAAUUGGCGUCCAUUCUGGAUGUGCGAAACGUGUUCUUUGAGAAUACCAUAGAUGACUAUUAAAACCCUCAUGUUGAAA